AUGGGUCGCGCACCAACAAGUGGUAACUGCCACACGUGUCGCAUGCGUCGCGUCAAGUGCGACCGCGCACGUCCAGCAUGCGAACGAUGCAUCAAGGCUGGCUUUGAGUGCAAGGGAUACGAGACAGUUUUGCGGAUGCAAAGUCAUUCUUUUGUAGCCGACGCCCAGACUGGUACCGUCAAGUUCAGUACGAUCCAGACGGUAUCAUCAUUUCCAGAAGCCAAACCAGGCGAGACUCCCUUGUAUUGUCCCAAGGGCAAGCGACAACAGCAGCAGCAGCAGAAACAACAACCACAGCAGCAACAACAACAACAACAGCUUGUUCGCGCCAACAAGGUUGCUGCACGUCGAACUCAGUCUCCUUCACCUAAAAGUGCGUCUUCUGCCAGUCGUUCUCGUAGCAGUGGCAACGAUACCGGCUCCGAUGGAGGAUCCAACUCGGGCACAGCAAGGUCCAGCCCACCUCCGGAACUGUCUCUGGAGGGCUUUGUUGACGAGAUAACCUUUUCUUACUUUUUUCAUUCAUAUGGCUGGAUCAACAUGCACAGUAUUAUGUUGCAGGACUCAAGGGUACGAGAUACUCUCCUCGAGGGUAUGGGACACGAUAGCCUGCGGGCCUUAGCCUACGGUGUCAUGGGCAAAGACCAGCACAUCGGUAGUCUGCAGUCGAAAGGGGCACGUCUGUACGGAACCGCCCUUGGGAAGCUACGCAAGAAGAUGUCGUCGCAGAGCAAAGACGAGCUCGCGGCAUUGAUCAAGCCUAUUGCAAUCAUGGGCUCAUAUUUGAUCACAGUAGAAAACGAUCUACGGUUCACACAUCACCGUGGACUGUCGCGCAUCUUGGAGUACUGUGGACCAGAGUAUUUCCAGUCGGCCAGCUUGCUACCUGUCUUUGAUUCUUGCCGCUUGACCAUGAUUUCCAAUUCAAUUGUCCGGCGCACUCCAACGUUUCUUUCCCAGGACAAAUGGAAGACUAUACCAUGGGAGAAGGCACCGCACCUGAAGACUUGGUCAAGUAGGCUACUUGACAUCAUGGCAGACAUCCCCGAGCUAAUCUCCGGAGUCCUUGGUGUUAUGGGUGCUCGUAUAAUGUGGCAGAACAGCAAUUUCUCACCGGUGUAUGCGGAGGACCCCAACGAGGUUCCACGAUUGCAGGGCAAGGUCCAUGACCUAAAACUCAACUUGGCAAACUGGCUCCAAAAUUGGACCGAAUCGCAUCCUACGGCGCACAAAGUUAUGGAAUGGGCUUUCAACCGGGCGGCCCAUGACGAAUACCGUCCCGGAUUCGAAGGUUAUUCGGGUCCAGACGUCUACGACUAUUCAGUUUUGUUACCUCCAUCUCCUCCCCCGUUCUUGGAGCCAACAGAGGAGACGUUCAUCUUGAUGCAGGAAGUAUCGUUAUACACGACUGUGCUUAUAUGGACUGGCCGCCUGACAAAAUACCUGGCUGGAGCAAGCAUCGGCCACGACAACAUCAACUUUUAUAACACACCCUUCAGCACCACCUGCACCUGCUGCACGUCUCGACUGAAGAAUUUGUGCGACACGGUUCCCGACUCACAUGCAGACGUCCUCCAGGUAACGGUUGCACCAGAUCCGGAAAUGCAGUGGAACUUCAACGCAGCAAGAAUCGCCAUCGCGCCCAUCAAAGUCUCGCAUAGCCACGAGAAGCCACAACCGGUACCAGACUUUUGUUGGGCUGCGGAAAAAUACGCAUCAGACUCUGCUGAGAUGGAGAGGCUCAGGCAACAGAAGGAGCAAGAAGAGGAGAGGAAGAAAGCCCAGAACGCCCGGGCAAAGGAGGUCAAGUCUUUCAACCGUCCUCUGCCUGUGUUGUCGUCACCAAAUGGCGAGCUCAAGACACCACCAUUGUCGAGCCCAGUCGAGUCGAAACACAACAUCAAAUCCGGCAGUCCAGGAAUCACUGACAACCUGCCUACGCCGCCACAGUCGGCCGUCUUCAACGACAGCUCCUUCACCCCACCGCAGUCGGCCAAGUCGGCCAAGCCGCCCAUGCUACUGCCCGCCGACGUGCGCUUCUCGAGUCAGCUACGCGUGCUGGACUGGCUGACGGAUCACCUGCCCGCUAGCCGACCGCACGUCCUGGCGACGCUGGCCUCAAUCGGGCUGGGACACUGUGGUCACGACGUGCGGCCCAUCGACGGUCUUCCAGAGGUGGGCAGCGUCGUGAGGAGGGUCUUGCACUCGACUCAGUUUGAGGGUUCUGAGAACGUUCUACUCAAGAGAUAUCGCUAAGCCUAUGUUGUCAAUGAGACGGUAUAGUUGUAUGAUUUUUUUUUUUUUUUUUUUGGAUAACAUUUUCGGAU